CCUUCCAAAACCUCCAUCUUUCUCUGUAGUCUGUACGCUGUGCUGUGCCCUCCUGUCAGUCCUACUACUAGCUCCAGCUGAAAUUCCCAGCUCCGCUCCACCACCUCCCACAUGAUUGCAGAUACCUGCAGCAGCAACUCGGCUGUCCUCUCACCUCACCUCACCACGCCAACCUGACACACCUUCCUGUUAGUUAGUUGCUACUUGCCCUCACCGCCACCGCCACCGCACCGGAAGAGGCUAUUUCCUUCACUCGCUUCUGCAGGAAGAUCCUGGGUUUCUUUGGUGCUUCCUGCAGCAGUCACUCAUCCUCCUUUCUGCCUUUCUUGAUUAGUUUUCUUGGCCAAGAAUUCGGGGCCGGCCAUGGGGAAGAAGGGCAAGUGGCUCGGCGCCGUCAAGAAGGUGUUCAGCCCUGAAUCCAAAGAGAAGAAGGAGGAGAAACUGAGGAAGAAAUUGGCUGCAAGCGACCCAACUCCAACAGAUCUAACCCCUUCUACUUCCUUGGAAGUCAAUGCCUCGAUGCCGCCGCCACCUCCUGCUCUUCCAGUUCCUCGCCAAACUGAGGAUUUCAAGGUCCCUGAAGCUGAGCAGGAGCAGAGCAAGCAUGUUACUGUUGAGGCAGCCCCUGAAACUCCGGCGCAGACAUCGUCGGUAUUGCCACCUGGCAUAUCGAGCGAAGAGCUCUCGGCAAUCAAGAUCCAGACCGCGUUCCGUGGUUAUCUGGCAAGAAGAGCAUUACGAGCCUUGCGAGGCCUUGUUAGAUUGAGGUUAUUGGUCGAUGGUAAUUCAGUUAAGCGUCAAGCUGCAAGCACUCUGCGCUGUAUGCAGACUCUAGCUCGGGUGCAGUCACAGAUACGUUCAAGAAGGCUGAAGAUGUCUGAGGAGAACCAGGCCCUUCAGCGCCAGCUCCUGCUGAAACAGGAACUGGAGAGUUUGAGGAUGGGAGAGCACUGGGAUGACAGCACCCAAUCCAAGGAGAAGAUUGAGGCAAGUCUAGUAAGCAAGCAAGAGGCUGCAAUUAGAAGAGAGAGAGCACUUGCAUAUGCAUUUUCCCAUCAGUGGAAGAGCAGUUCAAGGUCCUCCAACCCAAUGUUUGUAGACCCAAACAACCCGCACUGGGGCUGGAGCUGGUUGGAGCGCUGGAUGGCAGCAAAGCCUUCUGACGGUGGCCGCACUGGGACUAACAAGGAAAGCAACGGUGACAACAUAUCUGUGAAGAGUAUAAGUUUGAACCUCGGAGAGGGUGAGAUCACAAAAGCCUUCAAAAGUCGGAGCAUCAAGCCAGACAAGUCGUCACCAACGACUCCAAAGCUGACCCGCCCAGCCUCCCGGCUAUCCCCUUCAACACCCUCUGCGAAAGUAACACCAAUUGUUGAGAAGAAGAAACCUGCUACACCAAAGAACAGGCUUCCGCAGGUGGAUGACGAUGCGAGGAGUGUCCUCAGCGUGCAGUCCGAGCGACCAAGGCGGCACAGUAUAGCCACCUCAACUGUACGGGAUGACGAGAGUCUCGCAAGCUCUCCAUCAGUCCCAAGUUACAUGGCCGCCACGAAAUCCGCAAGGGCCAAGUCCCGCCUCCAAGGGUCGCCAUUGGUCGAUGCUGCAGAGACACCAGAGAAAGUAAGCCCUGUUGCGUCUGUCAAGAAGAGGCUGUCCUUCCCAGCUGGUUCAGCGUCUCCGUUGCCAAUGAGGAGGCAUUCUGGUCCUCCCAAGGUGGCAGAGAGUGUGGUGAAGGACAUUGCUGAGGCACCACAGCUGGAGGCCCUGGCGAUCAAUGGCUGAAACAAGUAAUUCACACACGUGGCAAGAGGAGGCUAUGGUUAUGCAGAUAUACAGAUUCCACUCAUGAACAAAGGUUUAAAGUUCAAUCAGAUGUAUGGAUUAUUGGCAUUUUUCUUUUGUCCGGUUAUGAUGGCUGCAUUGUUGGCUUCAUUAGGAGAAGAUUCUCGGUGUCUGUCAGUUCAUUCCAUUUGUUGCUUGUGUAAAACUAUAUGGGUUUGUCACCGGAACCUUUGAUGCUGAUGUUUGUACGUAAGAGGUCUUAUAUUUAUGCGAGCAAUAUAUUUCUUCCA